AGUUUUUUUCCUUCUCUUUCUUUCUUUCUUGCGAUUUCUCUCGUGCUGCCGGAGCAGGAACCCCGGGACUGAGCCCGUGCUCCGAGGAUGAACUAGAAUCGCGAUCGAGGCUGGUUUUACUGGAUUUAUUUCGCCGUGGAGGAGACGAGAUCCGGGUGCGGAGCGGUGCGCAAAACGAGCCGAGGUCCGUGAGAUUUUGCUAAAAUGCAUCAUCAACAGCGGAUGGCAGCUUUGGGCACGGACAAGGAACUGAGUGACUUACUGGAUUUCAGCGCGAUGCGAAACAGCGAUUUGAAAAUGUUCCCAACAUCCAUGAUGUUUUCCCCUCCUGUUAGCAGUGGAAAGAACGGGCCGACAUCCCUGGGGAGCGGCCAUUUCUCCGGCUCAAACGUGGAGGAGAGAACGAGUGCAGGGUCAUGGGCGAGCGGCAGUCGUUCUUCCAAGAGUUAUGCAGAUGGGUCUCAGUACAUGGCGUCGCACGACAGCCUCUCGCCUUCGUACGCCAACUCCAGCAGGCUAACAGGCAAAGCAGAGAGGAGCUCGUACUCGUACAGCAGAGGGUCCAACCCACACUGCCACCAGUCCAUACUGGGUGGCGAGAUGGGUUUGGGGAGUCCCGGCGCGGCGUCGCCCACCAAGCCGGCGGGUCAGUACUACCAGCACUACGGCUCCAACCCCCGGAGGAGAACGCUGCCGAUGGACGCCAUGGAGGUUCACCCAAAGAAAGUUCGGAAGGUCCCUCCCGGCUUGCCGUCCUCAGUGUACGCUCCGUCUGCCAGCACAGCAGACUACAACAGGGACUCACCGGGUUAUCCCUCCUCCAAACCUCCCAGCGCUGGCUUCCCAAGCUCAUUCUUCAUGCCAGACGGUCACCACAGUGGAGAUCCCUGGAGCAGCAGUAGUAGCAGCAUGAGCCAGCAGGGUUACCAUGGCAGCAUGCUGGGGGGCGGAAACUCCGCCCACGGCCCCUCGCAGAGCUCCUCCUACUGCGGGAUUCACCCUCACGACAGAUUGAGCUACCCGUCCCACUCGUCCGCAGAUAUCAGCUCCAGCCUUCCUCCAAUGUCCAGCUUCCACCGGGGGGGAGGGAGCGGAGGCGGGGGAAACCACUACAGCACCGCCUCUUGCACCGCUUCCACCAACGGCACAGAAAGCAUCAUGGCUAACAGAGCGCCGAGCGCAGCAGCCAGCAGCUCUCAGACAGGAGACGCCUUAGGGAAGGCACUCGCAUCGAUCUACUCCCCAGACCACACGAAUAACAGCUUCUCGUCCAAUCCUUCCACCCCAGUUGGCUCCCCACCCUCCCUCACAGGUAGGUCGCUGAGGGCUGGAGUGUAUCCCAGCUUGCAUCGGGUGAGAGGCGGGACACACCCUGAGCAGCAGUCCCGUCCCGUACCCGCUGCUCAGAGCGCCCAUAGCGCCGUUGUGCGUAUGUGCGGCCCCGAUGAGGUUGUGCAUUUCACCGUGACCGCUGGCCAUACCCGGCGACGGUCCCACCGCGUGGCUCCGCAGUACGUGGAUGGCAUCGUCCAAACGCUCCAGGCGGUCCUCGAUGCGACUUUGCUGAGACAUCUUUUUCACUUUGUUUUCCAGGUGGGCUCUCACAGAGAAGACGGCGGCGGUUUGCGCGGCGGACACUCGAUGGCGGGUCAGCUGCCGGGGCCUCAGCUGCCCGUCCAGUCGGCCACGUCGCCGGACCUCAACCAGCCCGACCCGUACCGAGCCCUGUCCGGAGGCCUUCAGGGCCAGAGCACCUCCUCCGUCAGCUCGGAGAUCAAGUCUGAGGAUGAGGGGGACGAGAACCUCCUGCAGGACCCCAAGUCCCUGGACCCCAAGAAGGAGGACGGAGACAGCAAGGACCUGAAAUCAAUUGAGAGCAACAACGACGACGAGGACCUGUCUCCGGAGCAGAAGAUGGAGAGAGAGAGGGAACGGAGGAUGGCGAACAACGCGCGGGAGCGUCUGCGCGUCCGCGACAUCAAUGAGGCGUUCAAGGAGCUGGGCAGGAUGGUGCAGCUGCAUCUGAAGAGCGACAAACCGCAGACCAAGUUACUGAUCCUGCACCAGGCCGUGGCUGUCAUCCUCAGUCUGGAGCAACAAGUCAGAGAGCGAAACCUGAACCCUAAGGCGGCCUGCCUGAAGCGCCGCGAGGAGGAGAAGGUCACAGUGUCCUCGGACGGGGCUCCUCUGUCAUUGGCCGCCGCGCACCACGCCGCCGCCGCCGCCAUGGGCGACGGGUCCAACCCCCUGGGACAAAUGUCCAAGGUGCCAGAGUUCAUCAAGAUGAUGAGUGACCACUUCCUCUGACGGCGUUUCCCUGACAACCUGGCAAUCGAUCAACCCUGUUGUUCCUUCAGCCUGAUCAAUCAGAUUCUCUGGAUCUGGGGCUUGACCAAUAACAUCAGCCUCCUUUUCUCCUCACGUCUGUCUCUGAUCCUUUUCUUCACCUUCGUCUCCUUCUUCUGUCGAGAACAUCAACUGCAGAGUCACAUUAGUCGCUUUCGUCACUUUGCAUCUCCAGCCGAAGUGAACUGGAUGCUACUUUGUGGAGACUAUUAAACGGCCGCUGUAACGUGGCUGCGACAAAGUGUCAGUUUGUGGCAGCUUUUGACACAAAGUGACAGCAAUGGACAAAAGUCUUUGGAAUCACACCAUCCAAGAUAUUCUUCUACUUGUACUACUUGUUUUAUCAGCAUUCCCAUUUUUGAAGAACAAAAGGGUUCUAUAUAUAGUAUAUAUAUAUAUACAACAAAAGGAGAAAAAAAUGACAAAACCUUUUGUUUAAAAAGUGCACCUGGACGCGGGCAGUGAGGAGGGUACGGGUUGAGGAGGGUUGUUCAGAAUGGAGCAAAACAUAUCACAAAGUGUUUAAAGAGGGGUUUUUUAUCAACAUUGUGCAGCUGUUGUUGAAUGCAGCUUCAGCGCGUCUCUGACUGAUUGGCAAUCUUAACGCCACACUGUGGAUGAAGCUGUGCCUGAUCUCCUCUUGGAUGCAAACCAGUCCGAUAGACACACACGGAGAAGCAAACGACACAAAAGAGCUGGAAAAAUCCAGGAAGUGUUACGGAAGCAACCUGUCCUACUAGGUCCCCUUACAAACAACACAUUUUUACAGAUUAAACCAAGUUCAAAUGAAGAAGAUAUAAGGUGCCCGAUAUGCACAAGUUAAAAAACGCUAUUUGACUAUAAUAGAAAGGAAACGGGGCUAAACAGGAAAAACAGGGGCCACUUGUUCUUCCCCUUCUAAUGCCUUCCCUCUCAACCCGCAGACAUUUACAGUAUAUUGCAGGUGUAAAACAAAAUCUAAACAUUUAUAUGUACUUUUAUUAGUGUUUUUUCUGCUAAAUUGACUUUAACAAGUGCUCACUUUUUAGUCCCAAAUACUAAAGCCUGGACAGUUGUACCCAAAUGGCCCGUGUGUAUCUACUGAGAGGACGAGAAUAUCUAAAGAAUCAAUCAUUGAAUCAGUUAAUCAGUCAAUCAGUGAGUGAUUUCAGACUGGGGUGUUUAAAUUAUUGAAGGUAAAGGAAUAACAGAUGAAAGAAGGACGAAUCAUGCGGUAAUGAAAGAGUGCACUUCUAAA